AUGUCCAAACGAGGUAUCGACACAUUGCUUACAAGCCAAGGGAAACGGCUAAAGACGGGGGAAGAAAUCCGCUUCACAUUAGUCAAAGGCCCUGGUUACAAGCCUCGUGCAGAUCCUGUCAAUCCAAAAGCACCCAAACAGCAAUUUCCACUGAUUGCCAAAUUCCCACAGUCCGUUCCCACGCCAGACUUGAGCACGCUUCCGUGGAAUACCGCUCGCUUAUUCCAACAAGACAUUCCAAAAGCAGACGAAGACUCGGAUGAUGACGCGAAUGAAGUCAAAAAGAGAUGGCGACCCCGUCAAGAUGUUCCCAAACGACAAUGGAUACUUCAGGAACAGGUGGAGUUCUUGGAACACAUGAUGCUAAAGUCCCAACGAAAGCCACUGCCCAAAGAUCAAAUCUCGUCCCAAUACAGUGGAAUUCCCGAGCACAACCCCUCCCACUUUGCUCUCUUUGAAGUGUCCAAAACCGAUGGCCAAGUGAUUCAAGUCACCACGAUGGCGCCUCCGAAUACUACCAUUUCCUUUUCACAACCCAGAGGACACAAGACGCUGAGUAUGAGUGAAGCAGAAGUAGCUAUUCAGGAUCAGCGCGGCAAAAUGUCCCGUUACAUGAUGCAUAACAAGCAACGAAUGUUGCACAACCCUUCCGCUGCCAUGCCCACUGAAUCCCGCAAGCGUUUGUUUGGUAAGCUUACCAAAAUCAAUAAAACCGAUGGGGACGAUGAUGAAGAUGAUAUUAUGGGAGACGUGGCCUUUCGCAAUCGCAAGGGAGCGGGACGGACUCGGAAAGAGUUGUUGGAUUCCGUCGGGGAUUCAGGCCUUAAGGUGGAUGCGGACGGUGUCUUGGGCGGGACGGACGACGGUGAAUUUGGAAAAGGACAACGUUUUGGCCGAUUCAAGGCCAAUGAACAAACGGCGAACGAGAAAAGUGCCCAAGACACUGGUGGGGAAUCCUCCAAGGGAAAUGAUGGCAACGCCAUGGCAGACGACUUUUACCAACGAGAUGUCCAAGCGGAAUAUGAAGAAUUGGAUUACGAUGUCAAUGAACAAUUCGACGACGAUGAUGUGGACGUGGGAGAAACAGAAGUCGCAGUUGAGGGUGCAGGGUUUGCUGAUGAGGAUGAGGACGACGACUUUGAUGAAGAUGGAAUGGAGAAUCAAAUUAUUUCUGGAGCAGAAGGUUUGGCUUCGGUGGCUGGAUUCAGGCUCUUGUUGGCCAAGGCUCGUGGUGAAGUGACUCCCGAACAAAUUGCGGAAUCCGAAGAAAAGAGGAAGAAGGAAGAAGAGGACAAGAAGCAGCGAGCGGCCGGUGCUCAACAGAAGCAGAAGCAAAACUCCAACGAGCCAGUGGACCAUCUGACCAAGAUUAUUGCUGCUGCACAAGAUGCACGAGUCCGGGCCGAAAAAGAGGAGCAAAAGAUAGCUGCUCCUGCACCUGCUGCCAAGGAUUUAGUCAACAAACUGGACGCGCAAGGUCAACGUGUGAUUACCAUUGAUUCAGUCCGAAGAGAGAUCUGGCUGAACCAUGGAACCAUCAAACUGAAGCGACUAAUGAAGUUAUUUGAUAUUGGGAAGAAGUCCAGCAAAGAACGAAGAGCGACAUUUCAGCAAAUGGUCAAGGAACUUUGUACUCUGGAAAAUGACCCCACAGGUGGCAGAAUGUUGGUGUUGAAGCAGCACUAUUCCAAUAUGGGUUAA